GAAUAAAAAGGGUGAUUCCGCGGUACACCUGCGCGCAUCUCAUGGGUACGCCAUUGGUGACCUGGACCCUGAUCGGAGUAACCGGCGUCGCCUCCUGCUGCAAUGUCUUCGCAAAAUCCGUACAGAUGAAGUUCAAUGAUGCCCCACUGUCCGCAAGGGUCAUCGCUGUCCGUCCCUCGAGCUGUGCCCGGAAGCGCAAAGUCCAGGGCGAGGACUACCCGACCACGGAGUGGAGCGAGAUGGUGGCCACAGUCUCUCGCGGUUAGCCUCGGCCGGCGGUUGUGGAGAAGGAGGACCGCCGUCUCUCACUGCCUCAGUCACCUGCGGCGGCUGCUGUGACGAGCUCUCUCGCCCCGUCGUAUCCAACCUCGCGGCUCAGAGCUCCUCAAGGUUCUGCCAAAGCAGCUCUUGCAGUUGCGGUCAGUCCAUGGAGUGGAGCUGUGACGAGCUCAACCAGACUCUGAUACCAGAUGAUAGAUACUAGAAUCUCGCGUGAAGGGAUUUGGGAAUUGAAAAAGAAAUUAGAAAUUGGAAAGAGUUGGGGAAGAACAGGAGAGAAUUGAGAUUAGGGAUUGUAGAGUUUAUUGAUAAUAAUUGCUUAAUCGUAAU